ACAUUGUGGAAGGAGCGCGCUGAGGUGUCAUCAGCGAGAAUCCUCUCGUGAUGUGGCAACCUUGAGCAAACUGCGACAGCAGAGCAGCGCCAAUGACAGCCAAACAUCCGUGGAGCGGGCGAGGAGGAUGACAGCAACAUGGUGAGCCUGCUCCUGCUGCAUGGCAACGAUCGCGACCAGUUACGUGCGCUCUCUUGCACACGCACGAGUCCCGCUGUGUCGCCGCAACUUCGACGCAGUGUCUAAGUAGUUCACACAGGGAAGAGCGCAAUCUUUCGGUCCGACUCGAGGAGUUUUUCAAAGUCUAGCAAUGAACAAGAUCCCUUGGUUGGAUCUGAGGUGAGGAAGAAGCAUGGGGCGUAAAUCCAAAGUGUUGAAGCAAACGUGACAGUAUGUUCUGCGUCGGAGAGGCUCAAAAUGGAAAAGCACCCAUGCAGGGAGGAGAACAUUGACUCAAGCAGGGACCGGCAUGCCCCCGACGAGCCCGAGGACGGCAGCAGUUCGGAUAGUGACGCUGAGGAGCAGCUGCGGCAGAAGGCUCAGGUGAACAGCAACAAAAAGUGGGAGCCCUUGGCGGUGGUGACAAAGCCCCAUCGGCAGCUCUGUCGUUCUCCGUGCCUGGACCGGCCCAGUUUUUCCCAGAGUAGCACGGUGCAAGAUUCCCGUGAGGAUGAAACCGCUGCGGGAUCAGCCGUCAAAGCGGCCAGUAAGAAAGAUUACCAGACAAAAAUGGACUUUGCGUUGAAGCUGGGCUACUCUGGGGAGCAGGUGGAGAUGGUGCUCAGUAAAGUGGGGGCCGCUGCUCUCAUUAAUGACAUUCUUGCUGAGCUGGUGAGACUCGGGAACAAAGUGGAGCCCGAAAGUCAACCUUGCAGCACGGCGGCGGCCGCAUCGGCGUCGCUGUCGCUCACGCCGUGCGUUAAAGAGACUGUUAGUCCCGAAGUGUCUGUGGAAGAGGAAUCUGUGGACCCUUACGAUAACCUCAGGCCGAUUGUCAUCGAUGGAUCAAAUGUGGCAAUGAGCCAUGGAAACAAAGAGGUUUUCUCUUGCCGUGGUAUCCAACUUGCUGUCGAAUGGUUCAUAGAGAAAGGGCACAAAGACAUCACUGUGUUUGUCCCAGCAUGGAGAAAAGAGCAGUCCAGGCCUGAUGCCCUCAUUACAGAUCAAGAAAUCUUACGCAAGCUCGAAAAAGAGAAGAUCCUGGUUUUCACCCCAUCUCGGAGGGUCCAAGGCAGAAGAGUGGUGUGCUAUGACGAUCGCUUCAUAGUGAAGCUGGCUUAUGAUUCUGAUGGAAUUAUCGUGUCCAACGACAACUACAGAGACUUGCAAAAUGAAAAACCAGAGUGGAAGAAGUUCAUCGAGGAACGGCUCCUAAUGUAUUCAUUCGUCAAUGACAAAUUUAUGCCACCUGAUGAUCCACUGGGAAGACAUGGUCCGAGUUUGGAAAAUUUCCUCCGCAAGCGUCCUGUUGUCCCAGAGCAUAAAAAACAACCAUGCCCCUAUGGCAAAAAGUGCACAUAUGGACACAAGUGCAAAUAUUAUCAUCCGGAGCGAGUCAAUCAGCCGCUGCGGUCGGUGGCUGACGAACUGCGGGCCUUCGCCAAACUCUCCGCAGUCAAGACAAUGAGCGAGGGGGCCUUAGCCAAAUACGGCACCGGGCCGGCGAUGGUGACCAGGGACGGCAACUCCGAAGUCAAACGCGUGGCGCCCAAACGCCAGUCGGACCCGAGCAUCCGCUCGGUGGCCUGCGAGUCUCCAGAAAGCCUUUCGGUCAUGAGGAAGUCUGAGACCAAUUCAGUGCCUUCCCUUGUGACCGCUCUCAGCGUGCCCACCAUGCAGCCCGUCAAGAGCCACGCGGCCGGGGCCUUGAACACGCGAUCCGCCAGCAGCCCGGUGCCAGGUUCUUUGCAGUUCUCCCACAGUUCGCUGGAGCACAUGUCCAGUGUGCAGUACCCUCCCAUUCUGGUAACCAACAGUCACGGCGCUUCUGUGACAUACAGCGAGCAGUUCCCAAAGUAUGACUCGGUCAGCGACCACGGCUAUUAUUCACUGCACAGUGACUUCUCAAACAUGAGCAUGAGCAGUAUGCACAACGUCGACAGUUUCUGUAGCAUGGAGCACGAGCACGUGGUGUGCCAGAGAACUCGCAGCCACUGCGCCGAGUCCUGCCUCGGCCACUCCAACAGUGACUCUUUCCCCUCUUACGGCGACAUGUACCCCAGCUCUGUGGACGGGAGCUUGGAGGAGAGCAUGAAGGGCCAGCAGCAGUCUCCGGCAACGGGGAGAAUGCAGACUUUCGGUUUUCGGCACGAAGCGCUCACGAGGGUGCAAAGUUACGGGCCCGAGGAGCCCAAGCAGGGUCCGCGGAAGCAGCCUGCCCCUCAUCUGGCUCCGCACAUCCAGCACGUGGCGGUGGGGGCCAGGUCGAGCUGCCCCGGGGACUACCCCGUCGCUCAGAACGUCCUCCCGCCGCUGUCCUCGCAGCCGACGCGCUCCCUCGGCAUGACCCGUAUGGACAGCGUAUCCGAUUCCAGGUUGUACGACAGCAACCCCAUGAGACAGAGGCGACCGCCGCUGUGCCGCGAGCAGCACGCGAGCUGGGACCCCCUGCCCUGCGGCAACGAGUCGUACGGAUACCACUCGUACCCUCUGAGCAACAGCCUGAUGCCGUGCUGCGAGCGGGUCAUGGUCCGCAGCAUGCCUGACAAAAUGGAGCAAAUUUGGAACGUGCCGUGGGAGGCCUCAGCUGCGGCGGAACACCAAGAACGGUAUGUCGUCCCAGAGCACCAGUAUCAAACAUAUCGGAACCUUUGCAACAUUUUUCCCGCUUACGUGGUCCAUUCGGUGAUGGAGAAGAACCCCCAUUUGACAGACCCCCAACAACUGGCAGCUGUCAUUGUCACAAAUUUGAGGUCUUGUCACUGAGGUGGAAAUUUAGUACAGAGAUUUGAGCAUUUUGGUUGCAAAGACAGGCACUUGAUAAAUGUUGCCAAAUGUGCAACAUUUGCCCUCAGGAGUUCUUUUUUUUUUAUGUCUUUGCUGCAAAAUCCAGCUCUCUGGUUUUCCAUCAGCAAGACAACAUUAAGUCAACAGCAUAGAUAAAGUUUGUCUGGCAUUUUUUAAACACAAUUGUAAGACAUAAAAGGCUACACAUUUAUAUAAAGUGUAGUACAUUUGUAAAAGGACACUUGUAUUUUUUUCCAUAACACGUCUAUCACACCUGACCAGGAGCCAAGUUUCCUUUCAAUUUUUAAAAUAAGAUUUUUAAAUAGAAGGACUUUCUCCUGCAACGUCUUUUGGGGUUGCACUUAUGUAAAAUUUGUCAUUUGGUUUCAAUCUUUGACCCACCUGGCAACAUGACACCAGUUGCUGCUUUUUAGCAUUUGGAUUCAUUUAAAGAGGAAAGCAACCUAAAAAAAAAAAAUGCUCUGUGCAGCCUAACUAGUCAAAACAUGGUUAAUGUUAUGUUUCUUAAAAAAUGCAGGCAAAAUACCCCUUUAUCUAUCACGGGUGGCGGCCAUUUUGCCACUUGCUGUCGACUGAAAAUGACAUCAAAGUUGCCAGGUCUCAGGUCACAACCAAUCACGGCUCAGCUUCACAAAUCAGAAAUGAACCUGAGACCUGGCAACUGUGAUGUCAUUUUCAGUCGACAGCAAUUGGCAAAAUGGCCGCCCCCUGAGCUGGAUAAAACGGGGUGAACUUUGCUUCUCAAUCGGAAUGGCGUGUUUAGAUUAGUGGGGGCACAAACAACAUUAUUGUAAAGAAAAUGUUGGGGUUGACUUCCCUCUUUAAUGAACACUAUGUUUUAUCCACAUUAAGACAUCCUGUUCAGAUCAUAUGGAUGUGCUGUGAAUGUUUGCGCUGCAGUACAAAUAUUAAUAACUUUCUUUAGCUUUGCUUCUGCUGUAAAUAACAAAUUUUUUUUGGUGUGUUCAUUUGUUUUAACACGAGUAAGAGGGAGGUACACACAUACCUCCAAGCAUGAACUAUGAUAUUUAAUGGCCUUAUAUCUGAAUGACCUCACGCGUUAGUCUUCUUCAAUGAACGUCUUUGUCACUGAAGCCUCCUACUUUCAAACGUAAAAGCACUAUCUCAGAAAUCUAUUUUCUCAGUUUCACAAAGCAAAUAUUUUGGUAGAAUUCGACCGUGCACAAAGCAAGCCAAAAAGAGAUUUGUCUUGUAUCCACAGGUGCACACGUCUAUAUCUAUGUACAUAUAAAUCACACAAAAGCCAUUAUUUCAGUCAUUUAUAAGCUGCUAAAUAAUGCCAAAAAAAAAGAAAUCGGUCAUUAUUUUGACGUCACAUUUCAUUUUGCUUCACAUAAUUGGGAUUAGUUCUCAUUUCCGGUUGUAUUUUUUUUGUCAGAUUACUUGUGAAAAUAAUAUAUAAUAUGUAUUUUAGGCUUUUAGAUACAGCGCUCUGAUUUUUUUUUUUUAAUUAGCUGAGUUUCUCUAGUAUGAAUGGGUGUUUCUGUGGCCCAUUGCAAAUACAAUGUUAUCACAAUAACACUUGUUUUUUAUUUUUUUUAAUUUAUUCCCAGGCUACAUAUAGUAUGUGAUCUUAAAAAGAAUUAUCUCUGAACUUUUUGAGGUUGUCAGUGGAGCUGUUUGUUGCUCAUUUCUAUCAAAGACUACUUUUACAUGCACUUACAUGGACUGACUUCACACAAAGGUGGGACGGCUUUUAUUUCUGGUGGGCUUUAGCUUGAAGACUAUUCUUGAGGUAUUUCCAAGCCCGCUUACAAUUUACUUUUAAGUCAGUCAGUGCUAUUAUAUUGUUAAAAAGCUGCAAAGCAGUUGUGAAACGAAUAAACGGUAAACUAGAUGUAGUAAAAAUAUCACACUAAGAUGAACGAUCACAAUGCAUAUAUAGUAAAAAGAUUACUGGGGAAUAAAAUGUUUGCCAUCAAGUUUGCACACGGACGGCUUUGCUUGUCAUAUUUACAUGGAUAGAUUAAAAAUCCAUCCAUGACUGGAGAGGUUGUAUAAUUAUUAAGAAAAACAAAGAAGUGACGCGAAUGCAAGAAAGCAUGUUUAUGAUGUUUGGCUUUUAUUGUGAGAGUGGAUGGCUCGAUUACAGUUUGGCUGUGCCUUGCAGCGCAUUGCUCUCAGGAUGCUUUCACUUUUUCACUUCACUGGCCAAAAAAAAACAGUGGUCACUGCUGGCAAGCGUCUAUUCUCUUCUAAUAGCGAUAUAUUUUGUGAAAACUUGUACGUGUAUAUAAAGUUGCAAUCGUGAAAACUGCAUUGUAAAACUUUGUACGUUCAAAGUAUGCACCUUGAGUUGUUUAACAAUGGGUGUCUUUUGGGUGGCUUUACAUGAUGAUGUGUUGACAUUAGCAUUCAAAGCUAAUUGCUACAAGUGUGGGCCUUAAAUAGUUGUAGUGUAACCGUUUGAAUUUUGGACUAGAUUUUUUUACAAAAAUUCUAUUUCAAAUUGUACAAUUAGGGAUUUUGAACUUCAAGAUAGCACUGCAGGUAAAGGUCACGGGUAUCAUCUAAAGCCAGCCCAACUGCAAGGUGACGCUCUAAAUGCAUUUAAAGGGAAAUGCCACUUCAGUGAAUCUGUUUGAGCGCCUGACUCUCAAACGGAAGUACAAAAUGCCAAAGUGCCACACAGAUUUUUCCACAUAAAGUGGUAUUACUCUUUAAUUGGGAAUUUAUGUGAGCUCGAUUAUUUUUCUCAAUGGUGAGUCUUUAAAAAUAUAGAUUCGUCUCUAAUGUUAGAUAAAACUUGAGUGUAUAAACAUAAAAAAAAAAAGAUAAAAAAUGAAUGUGUAUAGUCCAAAUAAUUUUUUGGGCUUUGCUGACUUUGUUUUGUUUUUUUUUUCAUGAAAAGGGACAAGGCCACUUUCGGCCAGCUUGUCUGUUCAUGAGAAGGUGAAAACAAACUGCCUAAAUGUUUCUUCAUAUGAAACAAUCAGAUUGCAAGGCUGCUGUCGCCGUUGUUUCUGGCAUUUGGCUCAACGUUUGCGUGCCACCCCCCCCUCUUUGAGCUAGUUAUUUUGUCACACAUUCCAAGAAAAUGUUUUUGGUGUGAAGCGAUAGAGAGAAAAAAAGAACAACUAUCGUUAGUGACUUUUAAUUGCACUGAUGACUACAUAAUCUUAUCUCGAGCCAUAUCGCAGCUCAACUCAAUUGAAAUUGGAAUGAUUGUGUUUUAUUCAGAAAGGUCAGAUCUGAUCCAGUUUCAACCAGAUUACCAUAUUUCCUCAUAUAGUAGGCUGGAAUGCAUUUUGAACUCAACUACAAUGGUCAACCAUGAUUUAUCGAUUUCAACAAAUGAUAAUAAAUUACACGUCAACAAGCCUCCCCCCUAUUUUUUUUGAAGAAAGAGGCAUUAAUGGCGUUUAUUUUUUUAAAUGCAAUGCACAAUUAAUUUGGCUACGAUGUAUUCCAGCAGAAGCCGCUAUUUGAGGAAUUUUCUCACCAUAAAAUGGAUAUCAAAUCACUACAUGAAUACAAGAUGUACACAAAACAAUUAAUUAUUUUUUAAUUUCAAUUCGAAGUUGUUCCAGGCUGUAUCCAAGAGCCAAAAACUUUCAAAAAAAACAACUUGAUCUAAUAUGAUUCAGCUUUGUGAAAAAAAACUUUUCUCGUACUAGUUCAGUGUCCCCCGCAUUCCUUCUUUUAUAUGUGCCGCAAACAACCAAGCCACAAAUGUCUAGAAUUGACUUUUACUUGUUGAUACAAAUUGUAUCUCUACCUUGAAUGUAAAUUAAAUAUCCAAUGUAUAUUAUGAAAACAGUUUCAUUUAAAUGAAGGGGGGGAAAUGCCUAAUGUGUGUGACACUGUGUGUCACUGGGAGUAGCCCUUAGGUAUGUACUAUAUUUUAUUGGGUACAGUAAUUAAUUUCCUGGGACUUUGAUACGCUGGGUCAAGCGCACAACGAGAAAAAAAGUGUGUGGCUCUAAGCAUCACUGUACAUACUUGUGUGUUCCUGUGGAUAGGAUUUCAUGUGUAAAUGUAAAACAUUAAUUCAGUUCACUUGAAUGUUGUAACCUGUGCUUAUUUUCUCCUGAUUUGUUGAUUUUUCCUUGUGUAAAAACUUUGCAUAUUUGGGUGUUAAAAAAAAAAAAAAAAUGCAGAUUGUUACGCACCAAACUAAUCUACUUUAAUGGACAUUUUUUACUAAAAACUACAAAAUGAGAGCACAGUGCUAGUUUUGGAUCAUUUGUGUAGUGAUGUUUUUUUUUUUUUUUAGAUUAUUUUUUUCUCUUCAAACUUUAAUGUAGUGGAAUGUUUGGCAAGCGGCUGAAGAACUAAUGUUGACAUGCAGAUAGAUAUGUGCUUUUUGUUGUUACUUUUUAACCACUGAAAUGUGAUAUUGAAGUUGUGUAUCAUUUUGCUGUCCACGGACAGUUUUGUGUACUUUCAACUGGCGCCCUAUGGAAAUUGAACUAUUUUGAGGUUUUGUGUUGAAUAGCAUGUCAAUGGAUAAGAUGAAAAACCAAAGUUGUUGUUUUUUAUUCUUAUUUUUCUCGUACACAUUGUGAUUCAAACACACAUUCACACUAAUUGUGUACCUAUGAUACUUGAUGCCAGCAAACUCCCAGAUGGACAGAUUUGGUAUGCAGAAUGUCAGAACUAGAGGUGUGCUCAUUAACACAACUGUACGUAUUUACAGUGUAAUACUCAGGUUUAACCCCGCUAACAUUCAAAAAUCAUAUGAUUCAAAAAUAGUGAGUUGUCCUGGUGACUUUUCUAAAGUGGUGUGAGUGGACUGUUGUGUCUGCAAUGUAAGAAGGGAAACAUUGAAGCAAGCUUUUUGUGUUGUGCUUGUCUGCAGUAUUGUAAUCUACACUGGGUGAAAAGCUUUGCUUUUUUUUUUUUUUGUAGACCAAACUAGACUAUUUGAGUCUGUGGGCUCAAACAAAAUGUAAGUCUUAAUGACGUGUUUCUCACCAUGAAUAAAGCUACAUUAUGUUCA